AUGGCCGCUGGCCGCAGCGACUGCUCGCUCAUCAUCCGCUGUCUUAAAGCGUUCGUUUGGCCUAUUUUGCGUCCUUUGUUCUGCUGCCCUUGUCUGCACCCUCUUGCUGCUGCCGCUUUGCUUCGCCGCCGUCUCCUCUUUUCGCCUGCCGGAGACUUAGCUAGUUUCCCCCCGGCCUUGGUCAUGAUGGAGCCGGCCGAUGCUGACAAUGAUGAGCCGCUUCCGGAUAGACUGGAGGCAGCGGUGGGUAGCAUCACAGUCCUCCCACGGCUCACUGGUAUCCCACUUGGUCACGACUGCUCGUGGAAGGGCAGUCAGGUCUCUCGCCUGGCAGCUUUGCAAACUGGAGGCAUUGGGAGGGACAGGUAUGCCUGGGGUGCGUGGUGGGCGGAGGCCAUGUCGGAUCUUGGAGCAGACAUAGCUGCUUUGACAGAAACCCGUAUCGAUGGAGCCUCCGCACACAACGCUGCAAUCAACGGCAUGUGGGAUGCCGGUUAUCUCUGCAUUUCCCAUAAUGUCUCCAAUGCCGACAGACGUACAGACAAUCCGCUUGGCUCCGGAGUAGCACUGGCCAUCAAGCGCGAGGUAGCCGCUGAUUGGACAGAGGUCACACCCGGACCACAUGGUCGAGCGCUGGGCGGCUCCAUCCGUCUGCAUAACGGAGCUGUGCUCCGGGUAGUCGCGGUCUACGGCCCGACAGGCGCAUGUCUACCAGGAUUCACUCAGAACCUCAGGGCCGUCCAGCACGAAACCGAUCGCGUCACCUUUCUGCAACAGCAAGUGGCCAUGGCUCAAGCAAAAGACUGGACUCUGGUGGUUUUAGGCGAUUUGAACUCCUUUACCGACGGGGCUCUAGAUAAGUGGCAGGGUCAAUGGCAAAUUCGAGACGAGUGCUUAGCCGUACAAUGCCGCGAAAUGGGUCUCAUUUAUACCUGGCGAGACUCACAUCCCACACUUCCCGGUUUUACUCAUGUCUCCCCCACAGGCAGCGCUAGCCGCCUGGACUCCAUUUGGAUCCUCCCUGCAAUCGGAUUCCAUACACCUGUUCUCAACUCGGCACUGCUCUGGAAUUGGCACAAGAGAGUGGAUCACCAUCCGGUUCUCAUCGACUUGGGCAUUGACAUUCCCACUGUCCCAGCAGCCUCAUCAGAUCGUGAACAACCCCGGUGGCGAAAACUGGCUGAUAUGGCUCAUGGCCAUAACCUGCAGGCACUCAAGGCACAAGUAGAGGCCCAGAUGGAGACACAUCGUCCCCUACUUAUGCAAGCUGCAGCGUAUCUCAGCACUUCGCAUGCAACUUUGUCAGAAAUCGGAAUGGUACACGGGCAGACGCCACCUCUUAGUCUGCGAGAGGUGUUGUGCUCUCGCGUUCACCAAGCACAUGACUCCAUCAUGGCAAUCCUGCAUCAAACUUUGCCGACGACGAACCAACCCAGCAUGGACCGCAAGCUGGGCAGGGCCCAAAAUGCCUGGGACACAUGUUUGGCUCUGCUUCGCUCUCUCAAGCACAUCCUGAUCGAUUCAGAAACUCAUGACCUGGAGACCGCCAACUCCAUAUUGAACCGCGCUGAUGUCAAGUGGCGUCAAGGCCUGCAUUUCCUGGAUAAGCGAGGACAAGUUACGAUACAACGGGACCCAUGGGACUGGGAUGGUUUUCAUACUCAACUCGAUCGUUGGUUAGCCUGUUUGUCCGCGCCUGGUGCUCCUCAGCUACGCCCCCCCGACAUGUGUCAACCGGUGGUUGAUGCGAUUGCAAGGAACUUGCACUGGGCACCUUCUGCCACGGAGACCGCAGACCGCAUUCUCCUAGUAGAAGCUUGGAUACAGGAAGCCCAAACACUGAGAGCCAAAACCGCUGCACACAAGGUCCGUGAAGGACAUGAAAGGAGGGUCCACUUGCUACGCUCAGGUGAUCUCAGACGCUGGGCUCGCUGUUGGCGUACACCAGUAUACAAGCGCCAAGCCUACACUCCGCAACAAAUCACCACCGCCAGUGGUACUCGCCGCCCCAAGACCCCUGCGGAAAUGCGUAAGGCUGCUGCGCAGGAGUGGCAAAAACUCUUUGACCAUCCUUCUCGGCCGUGGUCGCAUGAGCUGGUGCAUACUUGGACGGACCCCUCAGGAUUCUUGCGGGGCAGCCCGAAAACACAUGACGUCCAGGCACCGCCAGAUGUGCUUCAGGCCCUUUUGUGCCCUGGACCGUGGAGUCGGUGUGUAUUUCGGGGUUCUGAAGUCCAAUGUUUGGUGGAGCAAGAGAUUCGAAUCCAGAUAUGGCGGUUUCGGAGAGUUGGAGGACUGUGGGAGGGCAAGCUUCUCGGUCCUUGCGAAGGCCAGGUACAAUGUGUGGUGCAUAUCAAUGGGCAACCCGCGCAUCUUUGGACCCUACGGCAGUGGCUUGCUCUUCCGCCACAAGAUACGCACUGCCUGCUUCUUCUGCGACCCAAGCUCUUCCAACCCCUUCAUGUCUGGGGCCCCUCACUGCACAUGAAAGAUCCCGGUGGUUGUCCAAGAUGUCGUCCUCCAGACCUGGACCUUCUGGAUGGAAGUUAUGCUAUCUGCAUUUCUACCCUGAGUGGGUCCAAGACAUCUUCUGGCUUUCUCUUGACACCCAACUGGUGCCAUGGCCGCGUCCUCGUCCGCGACCUCUGCCAGUUCGGGUGGUGCCCGGAACGGUGGGAGUCUGUCCUCGACGGCGGCUUGAUACUGGGGGUCGGUCCUCACGAUGAUGCACGGCUCGGCGAAGGCGUGGCCACAGGCGCACGCGUCCAACCCCCCGCUGCAGACCUGAGUACGGCGCGACGACAGCGGGGGGAGGGCGUGGCCCAAGCAUCCAACCCCCCGCUGGCAAAGACCUAUAAGGAAGCAGGACGAGCGGCGCGAAGCGAAACGACGAACACGCGACGACAGCGGGAGGAAGGCGUGGCCGCAGGCACACGCGUCCAACCCCCCGCUGCAGACCUGAGUACGCGGGGCAAGUACGCGGCGACGCGGGCCACGAGCGCGCAACUACAGCGGGGGGAAGGCGUGGCCAUUGGCACACGUAACGCGAGCAAGCCGCAGCAGCGCGAGACGCACGAACGACGCGAGGCAGAGCAGAACGAAGCACGACGGUCCGCGCUCUAA